AUGAGCUACGGCAAAAAGGACGAGGAUGCGGACCUGGGCCUGGUCAAGGUGGACCGCACCCAGGUCUUUCAAGAAGCGCGUCUCUUCAAUAGCUCACCGAUCCAACCUCGACGAUGUCGCAUCCUCCUGACCAAGAUCGCUCUGCUGCUCUACACCGGCGAGAAGUUCCCGACCAACGAAGCUACGACCCUUUUCUUCGGAAUCUCGAAGCUGUUCCAGAACAAAGAUGCCAGUCUCCGACAGAUGGUCCACCUUGUCAUCAAGGAGAUUGCCAACUCGGCCGAGGACAUCAUCAUGGUCACCAGCACCAUUAUGAAGGAUACCGGCGGCAGCAGCGACGCCAUCUUCCGCCCCAACGCGAUCCGAGCUCUGUGCCGCAUCAUUGACGCAACCACGGUGCAAUCGAUCGAGCGAGUUAUGAAGACUGCGAUUGUGGAUAAGAACCCCUCUGUCUCUUCCGCCGCGCUGGUUUCUUCCUACCACCUGCUUCCUAUCGCCAAGGAGGUCGUGCGCCGAUGGCAGAGCGAGACCCAGGAGGCCGCGGCCUCGACCAAGUCCAGCGGUGGCUUCUCGCUCGGAUUCUCGUCGUCGAGCGGCCAGAUGCCGAUGAACAAUUCGACCAUGGCUCAGUACCACGCGAUUGGCUUGCUCUACCAGAUGCGCAUGCAUGAUCGCAUGGCGUUGGUCAAGAUGGUCCAGCAGUUUGGUGCCGCGGGCGCGAUCAAGAACCCCGCGGCCACCGUCAUGCUUGUCCGUCUUGCCGCCCAGCUGGCGGAGGAGGACGCUUCGCUGCGCCGACCCAUGAUGCAGCUUCUCGACGGGUGGCUGAGGCACAAGAGCGAGAUGGUCAACUUCGAGGCUGCCAAGGCUAUCUGCGACAUGAGAGAUGUCACGGACAACGAGGUCACCCAGGCCGUUCAUGUCCUGCAGCUGUUCCUUACCUCCCCGCGUGCCGUCACCAAGUUUGCCGCUCUGCGAAUCCUUCACAACUUCGCGUCGUUCAAGCCUACCGCCGUCGCCACGUGCAACCCCGACAUCGAGCUCCUCAUCUCCAACAGCAACAGGUCGAUCGCCACCUUUGCCAUUACCACGUUGCUCAAGACUGGCAAUGAAGCUAGCGUGGACCGAUUGAUGAAGCAGAUCUCGGGCUUCAUGUCCGAAAUCACCGACGAGUUCAAGAUCACGAUUGUGGAGGCCAUCCGCACGCUCUGCCUCAAGUUCCCCAACAAGCAGGCUGGCAUGUUGACUUUCCUGAGUGGCAUCCUACGCGACGAAGGCGGUUACGAGUUCAAGCGCGCAGUCGUGGAGAGCAUGUUUGACCUGAUCAAGUUCGUCCCCGACUCCAAGGAGGAGGCACUCGCCCACCUCUGCGAGUUCAUCGAGGACUGCGAGUUCACCAAGCUGGCCGUACGCAUCCUCCAUCUUAUCGGGCUGGAGGGUCCCAAAACUGCUCAGCCGACUAAGUACAUCCGCUACAUCUACAAUCGUGUGGUUCUCGAGAACGCAAUUGUUCGAGCCGCCGCCGUUACUGCCCUGGCCAAGUUUGGUGUGGGCCAGAAGGACCCCGAUGUCAAGGCCAGCGUCAAGGUGCUCCUCACGCGAUGCCUGGACGAUGUGGACGACGAGGUGCGCGACCGCGCUGCUCUGAACCUGAAGCUCAUGGGCGAGGAGGACGACGAGAUGGCCCGCAACUUUGUCAAGAAUGACAACAUGUUCUCUCUCCCGGCGUUCGAGCACCAGCUUGUCAUGUAUGUCACGUCAGACGACAAGUCCGCCUUCGACGACCCCUUCGACAUCACCAACAUUCCUGUGGUCACUCGGGAGCAGGCCGACGCCGAGGACCGCACUAAGAAGCUCACUGCUACGGCCCCGACGUUGAAGGCGCCCAAGGUUGGUCCGACGAAGACGCCUGCCAGCGGAGCGGAGGCUGCGGCCACUGCUUCUGCCCAGGCUCAGCGCUACGCCGAGGAACUGAUGCAGAUCCCCGAGAUGAAGGAGUUUGGCCACGUCCUGAAGUCGUCGCCUGUUGUUGAGCUCACGGAGGCCGAGACCGAGUAUGUGGUGGCGCUGGUGAAGCACAUCUUCAAAGAGCACAUCGUUCUUGAAUACGAGGUCAAGAACACGCUGCCGGAUACCGUCCUCGAAAAUGUCUCAGUGGUUGCCACGCCGUCAGAGGAAGACGAGCUCGAGGAGCUCUUCAUCAUCCCGGCGGACAAGCUGGCGACGAACGAGCCCGGCAAGGUCUACGUCGCGUUCAAGAAGAUCAACGGCGAGGGCUCGCUGCCUGUCACAUCUUUCUCCAACAUCCUCAAGUUCACCAGCAAGGAAAUCGACCCCUCGACGAACGAGCCCGAAGAGACGGGCUACGACGACGAGUAUGAAGUCUCCGAGUUUGACCUUGCCGGUGCCGACUACAUCGUCCCGACAUUCGCCAGCAACUUCAACCACCUCUGGGAGCAGAUUGGCGCCUCUGGAGAAGAGGCAGAGGAGACCCUGCAGCUCAGCGGGCUCAAGAGCAUCGCCGACGCGACGGAACAGCUGGCAAAGACGCUGUCACUGCAGCCGUUGGACGGCACGGAUGUGCCCAUCAACCCGAGCACGCACACGCUCAAGCUUCUUGGCAAGACGGUCGGUGGCGGUCGGGUAGUGGCCACGGUGCGGAUGGCCUACUCUUCAAAAUCGGGCGUGACGACAAAGAUUACUGUCAGAAGCGAGGAGGAGAACGUAGCAGCGUUGGUGAUUGCAUCGGUGGCAUAA